AUGUCUACAUUUAAAAAAGCCGUCACUUACUACUUUGCCAUAGUAUCAUUAUUUUCUGCAGUUUUUUUGGCACUUAUUGGCCUUUUGUUAUUGUAUGACUCUGAUUCAUUGGAAUUACAUGGGAAUAAAUCAGAGAAGGUGAAACCUUCAUUUAUUUGUGCAGGGAUAUAUUUUUGCAUACUAAUCGUUAGUACCAUUGAGAUAUUCAGAAAUAGUCGAAAAUCAAAGAAAUAUAAAAGUACGAAAAUUUAG